CCUGGUACUAAUUGGAGUUACUCUAACUACGGCUACCAAAUGGUCGGGGCUUUAAUUGAGUCCAUACUUCACAACACAUAUGAGAAUGAAAUGCAGAAAAUGUUUACACAAUUACACAUGAAUUCAACAUUUUCUGAGAGACGGGAAGCCAUUUACAAACACAGACCACAAUACUAUCAUUUAUCAAACAUAACAUCCGGGACAUUAGUAAAGUGUGAUAUGAUUGACGAACUCAUAUCAUAUGAGGGCUAUUGGCCGGCCGGUGGUCUCAUCUCAUCGGCUGAAGAUAUCUUGAAAUUUGGAAACGCAAUGAUCUCUUCAUAUAAGGGAACUAAUGGUUUCUUAAGUCAAAGGACUGUACAGGAGUUGUGGUCACCAGAGACUCGGGGAAUGUCUAUACCAUACCCUUUGAAUACUAGUGAAUAU